GUUUCUGGUCGAAACCAUCAGGCAAAUGUCAGAAAUCCGAUGACCGGAUCCGUUCAUCGGAAUACUGGUUCUAUAAAAUCUAAGGAAUUGUCUGGAACCGAUCGUUUUCGGACCGGAUUGUUCGACCUGGCUUAAUAGUUAUACUAUAAAACUCUUGUAUUUUAUUCAGACUAUCCAAAAGAGAAUUGAUAUUAUCUAUGAAAAAGUAACUAAUUUAAAAUAGGUAAAAAUAAUUCAUUUUUUUUAAAUUUUAGAUUGAACGGCUCCAAUUACGACAAGCCGAAGUACUAGCCGAGAUCAAAAAGAAAGACGAGGAACUCGAAAAAUUAAUACAUUUUGAAUCAACAUUGGAUGCUAAUAUAAAAGUGUUACUGAAAGAGUUAGGUAAUGAAUUAGAAGAAAUAUAUUUAAAAUAUUCAUAUUUUUGA